AUGUCCUACAACAACGACAACAACGACAACAACAACAGCUUCGGUGGCCAGCAAGGCUCCGGUAACUCUGGCUCGAACUACGGUCAGCAGGACCGAUUUGACAAUACCCAGGGCAGCGGCCUUGGUUUCGACAACUCCGGAAACGGUCCCACUGGGAACCUUCAGGACCAGGGCUAUAACAGUUCCAACACCCAGUCGUCUGGCACCGACAAUUACGGCGGGCGCCAGAACCAGACCGACAUCAACGACCCGAACUACGGUACGAACGCGAACUACGCCGGCUCCACCGGCAUUGGCAGCACCGGUGUCCCCGGUAACACCACCUCCGCCGACAACUGGGACAACAACAACCAGUCCGGCCAGGGCUUCGGCCAGGGCCAGGGCCAGGGUCAGGGCCAGAACCGCGACCGCGACCAGAGCGGGCAGGGGGACAACUACGCCUCCAACCAGUCUGCGAAGCCUUCCGUGGGCGAACGGGUAAUGGGUGGUUUGGAGAAGGCUGCCGGCAAGGUUACUCGAAACGAGGGCAUGCAGGAUCGUGGCCAGGAGCGCAAGGAGGGCGCGACCGGCCUUGGUGACUACUAGACUGGACACGGACACGGACUUAAAUUCAAUGUAACCAUAGUUUCAUGACUUCGUAUCAUAAGCUCGUCCUGCCGUUGACUCAAAAU